AUGUGCAAAGAAAAACACAUGGAUGCUAGUUCUGCCAAUCGGCGCGAAGUUUUAGGCCAGGCGUUGUUUCUCAUCCGAUUUCCGCUUUUGACCGAUACUCAGUUGCUGGACGGUCCCUUGCAGAGCGGUUUGCUGCUACAGUCGGAAGGGUGGGACAUCUACCACUUCAAGUUCGCCGACAUCAAACCGCCGCUGUCGUUCUCUACGGAGCCCCGACACAAACUGUCCGAGCAUUUGUCUUUAAACAAUAAUUUCUGUGGCUGGGGAUUCUCGUAUAUGUCUAUGGAGAAAUUACUGGACCCGGCAAACGGCUACGUCAGUCCUACUGACUUCUCCUUGAAGCUGCAAGUUCAGCUCACCCUGGACGCUGAUCUGCCUGAUAAAUUCGAGUUUUCUAGCGGAUCCAAAGUGGCGUGA